UGUUAACGGUGUUCAUUAUUUAUUUAUUUAUUUACUUUUUUGCAGCAUCCUCGAUAGCAAAGCCGCUGGACAUAGAUUGUCUCGUACUUUUUCAAAUUUGAAGUGAAUAAAACUCAGUUCAAUCCAUCCGACAAUGGAGUCCUCCGUGCUGAAUGCCGAAAUAUCCGCUUUGAGGCAUUUUCUGCCAUAAAAUAAUGCAUAAUAGCUACCGAAGCCUUCCUUGACGAAGUUUUACAAACUUUGAAAAUGUACGAAUUGGGACACUUUAACUGGAGCCACACUUCAUGGCAACAUAAUUGGUUUGGCUCAAUAGUUCAGUUCACAGCCCGGUCACCAUUCCCGCCCACAGCCCCUGGCCUUUGCCAUAACAGAGGAAGAAUGAUUUUAACCAUGCAAAAAUAACAUUUUCAACCACGCAUCUCUGCGCCCGUCCUUCCUCAACAACCGCGGCCGCGCCACGCCGGCGCGCUGUUGCAAAAUCCAAAAGACCUCCGCCAACGGCAGCAGUUAUUCCGCCCGGAACCUCCAGCCUCUCGCGAGACUCUCAGCUACGGUUGGGGGCGCGCAAGAUUUGAAGGCAGCCUGAGGGCGCGAGGAAGCUGGCGCGAGUGGCGGAAACAGAUCCGUUGGCGCAGCUAUGAAAGGGGAAAAGUUGUUUGAUAUUAGGAAGGCCUUUGAGGAAGCUCAAAAACUUCACCAAAAUCAGGCCAAAUUGGUGGCAUCUUUAAAGCAUACCUAUAAUGAGUUACAAGACAAGGACUAUUUUCAUGAAAAGUUUGUUCAUUACCUGAAGUAUGCCAUGGUAAUCUACAAACGAGAACCGGCAGUGGAACAAGUGAUAAAUUUUGUGGCCAAGUUUCUGGCUUCGUUGUAUAAUUCGGAGAAAGAGGAUGCUGAAGAGGAAGAAAUGGAAAAUCCCUUUCUAAAUUACCUGUUCACCUUUCUCCUUGAGUCCCACCCCGCUAACAGCAAUGCAGUUAGAUUUCGUGUGUGCCAACUUAUUAAUAAACUUUUGGGAAGUCUGCCAGAGAACGCCCAGAUCGAAGAUGAAUUGUUUGAUCAGAUUAAUACUGCUAUGCAGCUCAGAGCAAGAGACAAAGUACCAAAUGUGAGAAUCCAAGCUGUGUUGGCUUUGUCUAGGCUUCAGGAUCCCAAGGACGACCAGUGUCCAGUUGUUAAUGUUUACAACAGUUUAAUUGAGACUGACUCCAACUCAGAAGUAAGGCGUGCUGUGUUGUUCUGCAUUAGUCCAUCAGUUAAAACUCUACCCAAAAUUAUUGGUCGUACCAUGGAUGUAAAAGAGACAGUCAGGAAAUUAGCAUAUCAGGUGAAUAAAUAUCUGGUACUGGCAGAAAAAGUUCAUGUCAAAGCUUUGACAAUAGCCCAGAGAGUAAAACUUUUGCAGCAAGGACUUAAUGAUAGAUCAGAAAGCGUGAAAGAAAUGGUACAGAAACAACUUCUCCAAGCUUGGUUACAUCUAGUUGAAGGAAAUGUCUUAGAAUUGCUCCAUCAUCUGGAUGUGGAGAGUUGCCCUGAAGUGGGUGUUCUAGCCCUUAAUGCUAUGUUCCGGCUGUCUCCCCACCAGGAUCUGAUUAAAAAUUUUUCCGAACUUGAUGACAGGAAAACCAUUCCAAUAGAAAAACUGACUGCAGAGAGUGCCUUAUAUUGGAAAGCUCUUUGUGAGCACUUGAAAUCCAAAGGAGAAGAAUUCUUAGAAGAAUUCUUGCCAGAGCCUGCUAUCUAUGCGGAUUAUCUGUUGAGCUACUUUCAAAGUAUUCCAGUACUCAAUCAGGAAGAAAAGGAAGAUCUGGCCUGCAUUGAGCAAUUGAUGACCAAGGAAUUUAUAGGUCAGCAGUUAAUUCUAAUAAUCGGUUGCAUGGAUAUCACCGAAGAAGGAGGCAGGAAGAAAAUGCUGAGUGUCCUACAAAAAAUUCUUUUGAUUCCAACCACGUCAGCAUCUCUUGUAUCCCAUCUUAUGGAAAAGUUGCUCUGCCUUUUGAAGGAUGAUGAGCGAAGAAUCCAGAUGGUUGCUGAAAUAAUUUCAGAGGCACGGGAAACCGUUAUGACAGUAGACAAGCAGCAAGAUGCAAGUGAGAUAAGAAAACAAGAGCUUAAGCUGGCAGAAAUAAAAGUGAAACUCAUGGAAGCAAAGGAUAUUCUGGAGAAGUGCAUAGCCAUGCAAGACUUCAGCCAUGCUUCUGUGUUAAAGGAGAAGAUUAUAGAGCUGGAAGGUAUAAAGAGUGGCUUGUUGAAAGAGGCGGAAGAAUCCGAAACUAAAGAGAUAUGCAUGGAAAAGAGUGAUCCAGAAACACUUCUGAAGUGUUUGAUGAUGUGCAACCAACUUCUGAAGCAGAUCUCACUUUCCAAAGGGUUAGGACCUACACUGGAUGGAAUAAUUGAAUCCCUGAUAAUCCCAGGAAUUACUAAUAUCCAUCCUGCUGUGCGAAACAUGGCGGUGCUGUGCUUGGGCUGCUGUGGCCUGCAGAGCAAAGAGUUUGCAAGUCAGCGCCUCACUUUGCUGUUGCAAGUAUUGCAAAUUGAUGAAAUGAAGGUAAAAUUGAGUGCUUUAAAGGCACUGUUUGACCAGGUAAUGAUAUUUGGAAUAGAACCAUUCAAAGACAGAAAAGUUCAAACUGGAAAUGAAGAAAAUGAGAGUGAGAAAACUAAGGAAACAGAAGAAGAAACAGCUACCACUCACAACCUUCUUCAGCUUCUUUCUGGGUUUCUAGAUAGUGAGUUUUCAGAACUUAGAACUGAGGCUGCUGAGGGACUGGUGAAGCUCAUAUUUUCUGGCCGGCUAAUCAGUGCUAAGCUUCUUUCUCGACUGGUUUUGUUGUGGUAUAAUCCAAUGACAGAAGAGGAUACACGUCUCCGACAUGCCUUGGGAGUUUUUUUCCCUUUAUUUGCAUAUUCAAAUAGAACCAAUCAGGAAUGCUUUGAAGAAACUUUUCUUCCAACGUUGCAAAUAUUAUUUAAUGCUCCAGCUUCAUCACCAUUGUCAGAGGUUGAUGUAGCUAACGUUGCUGAACUUCUGGUGGAUCUAACAAGGCCUAGUGGAUUGAAUCAACACUUUCAGAACUGUCAGGGUUUGACAGUUCAUGAUAAUUUAGCGCUGAAAAUAUGCAAUGAAAUUUUGACGGAUCCAAGUGCGCCAGAUGUCCGGAUAUAUGCAAAAGCUCUCUGUUCCUUAGAAUUCAGUAAGGAUUUCACAAAAGACCUCAUGGAUUUAUUUGAGGAUAUUCUUGUGACAGUAAAAGAUAAAAUGUCUUUAAAAAUGGUUGAAAAGGUGAAGAACAACUUAAACAAAGGAAACCCUGUUGAUGGACAUGUUUCAAAAGAAAAGGACACUGCAGAAGUAACUGAAAACAAUUUGGACUGCAAUAAAUCAUGUAUGUCCACUGAUCAAAAUAAGGAAGGUGAUAAAGUAAUCACUCCUACUGAAGACACAGAGAACACACCUCUAAAGCCAAGAUCUACAAGAAACAGAACAACAAAAGGUCUGAGGAAAAUAGAAAUGCAGACUGAGCACCAAAGUGGGUGCUCUAGAACUAAAGGAUCUGAAAGUGACAGAAAAAUUCAGCAACCUGUUUCCAUAACAUAUUCGAAAUCAUCCUGCCGAAUCAAAACAACAGCUCUUGCAAAAACGAAAAUGGAUCUCUCCAAGCUUCUAGACAAAGAAUAGGUUAACCAAAUCUGAUGGUCACUAAAAUUUGCUUUAUGUGCUGCAUAAUAAAGAUAAAACCUUUUUAAUGUGGUAUAUUUCAUACAAAGAUGUCUCUAUUUUUUUAUAGUGCCCAUUAAGUAUGCUUGAGAAUUAUACUUAAUUACAACCUAUUGCAUAUACAGUUCAAGCUAAAGUUCAAACUCUAAAAGCUGUCUUGGAUGGUUAAAUCAGUUUUGUUUUUCAAAAUGUAAAUGUAUUUUGAAAUUUGUCCUUUGAAAUGUAAUAAAAUGAUGUAGAUUGUC